UAUAUCAUUUGAGUCAAGAUGAUUCACUUCUUUCCGUUUCCGUCAUCGCCGAGAUCGUUCUACGCAUGCGCAGUAGAACUCGCAGUCUUCCGUCUGAACUUCAUCUAUAACGAUGGCAGAGCUCCACAAACGUCGACGUGAGCUCGGCGACAGAAAACUGUCACCCGACGGAGCAUCCUCCUCAUCCGGUGACAGGUCCACGGUUCAUGUGAAACUGUUGGCUGCGGGGUUUUACGGAGUCAGCUCGUUCCUCAUCGUUGUUGUCAACAAAAGCGUCCUCAGUAGCUACAGAUUUCCAUCGUCGACAUGUGUCGGAAUUGGCCAGAUGUUGGCUACAGUUGUAGUUCUGAGGACCGGGAAGCUGUUGGGUGUGAUCUCGUUUCCAGACAUGGAUUUGAGUAUACCGGGCAAGAUGUUUCCACUGCCUCUUCUGUAUGUCGGGAAUCAAAUAUCAGGGCUGUUUGGGACACAGCGACUCAAUUUGCCCAUGUUUACAGUUUUGAGGAGGUUCACUAUUGUUCUCACCAUGGUGUUUGAGGGACUCUUGCUGAAGAAGACUUACUCUACGUCGGUUAAGAUCACAGUGUUCACCAUGAUCUUUGGUGCUUUUAUUGCUGCCAGCACCGAUUUAGCCUUCGACUUUGAAGGAUACGUCUUCAUAAUGCUGAACAAUGUUCUGACGGCGGCCAGCGGGGCGUUUGUGAAGCAGAAACUUGAUUCCAAGGAGCUGGGCAAAUAUGGGCUUCUCUACUACAACGCUUUAAUCAUGAUUUUCCCCACUACGGCAUACGCCUACUACACAGGGGACCUGCAAGUGGCGCUGGACUAUGAUGGAUGGUCUGAUCAGCUGUUUGUUCUGCAGUUUGUGCUCUCCUGUGUCAUGGGCUUCAUUUUAAUGUACUCCAUCAUGCUGAGCACGCAGUACAACUCAGCACUCACUACCUCCAUCGUGGGCUGUAUUAAGAAUAUCCUCGUGACCUACCUCGGGAUGGUGUUUGGAGGAGACUACAUAUUCUCCUGGACUAACUUCAUGGGUCUAAACAUUAGCAUCGCUGGCAGCCUGGUGUACUCCUAUAUCACCUUCACACAGGAGCAAGCAAAAAAGGCGUAAACCACGGAGUCCCGACCCGACACUGAAGAUCUGCGUACGUCUAGGACUCAUUUCAUGUUGUCUGUGUACUGUAUGUGCUGUCAAAACAUUUAUUAUGUAUUUUCUGUAUUUUGUAAGCACACAUUUUUGCUGCAAUCAUGGAAAGUAAUUUUAAAAGACACUAUAAUCACAUUUUAUAUCUUUUAAUUAAGACAAAGAGCCUUCACUAUUUUUUUAUAAUUAUAUUUCACUGAUUAAAUACAAAGUCACGAUUAUUUUUUUAUAUUUGACAAAUCAAUAAAAUUAAGAUAGAUUUGAAUUUUUGUAAUUCUAUUUUAAUACAAUCCUCACAUGCCAUGUUGAGUUAUUGGCCACUCCAAUCAUUCUGUUUUCUCCAUGCUGGCUUUUAAUUGAUCCUCGCUGAUUACGAACAUACUGUACAUUCCCAAGUUCAGAAUACAACCAACUGAGUACCCCUCAGCUUACUCCUCUCUGUCCAAGACUGCAGUAACGUGAGCCGUCGUGUGCAAAACCGUGGUAACAAACAAUUCUGAGUUUCAGGUGAUUAUACACUGAUGAAAACAUAGUUAUGAAUAGUAUAUUCCAUUUCUGCUAACAGAUCCCCUGAAAUGUUACACACUGUUCCUUAAAAAAUACAGAACUGCUUAAGUCUCA